GCAGGAGUCGCAGUUAGUCGGCUACAUAAAUGAAAAUCGAGCACAAGUCCGUGCUUUCACCGAGCAGCCGGAACAAUAAGCGACGGAGUCGGAAACCGGAACACGAACCGUAACCGUUGAAUUUUUUUAUGUGUGUUAUUCAGAGUUAUUCAGUGUUAACGGUUAAAAAGUUAUUAAACAAUAUACAUAUUUUAUAGGAAUUUGGAGUUCGUUAGUUGUUUAUUAUAAUUACAGUUAAAUCUUAAUUUUGUUAUUCGCGAAAAGAAAUUCCCAGCUUUACCGUUACUUUUCCCCCACUCCUUUUCCCCUUCAAAACCUCCUACUUGCUACUACGCACUUUCACACACUUACGCACUUUGAUUGCAAAAAAAGUCAAAUGCGCAGCAAACAGCUCUGCCACGCCCCUUCCAAAAACGCCCACGUCCUGCAGAGAAAGAGAGAGAGGACGAGUGCAGAAGGAGCAGAGAGAGAGAGAGCGGGAUGCUGUGCGUAUGCGUGUUUUUGACACUUCCUUGUGCAUUUUAGGGAUACACACAAUGUGCGUGUGCAGUGAAAUCAAGCGAGAAGCCAAAAAUCACCAGCUAAAUAACUUGCAAAUUUAAAAAUCAUAAAACUUGAACACAAAAAAGAGGCACGAAAAUAAGCGAAACACGCAGUUAAAAUCCAACCAACGCCAGAGGGCGCCCCUGCAGGCGUGUGACUGUGUUUUUGUGUGAAGGAAUUUCUUGAAACGAUAAAGGGAAGAGCUAGAGAGAGAGUGAGUGAGUGAGAAGAGGGGUAGUCCCGUGCAGGCAGGACGACCAGUGUGCGAGCGAGAUGGAUAGCUCGCCGGAUCUGUCGCUGAAAUUGCGACGCGGUUCUAGCGAUUCGCGGGAUAACUUCUACAUGGACUUUGCCCAGGGUAUCGAUUCCGAUAUCGAGGAAGUGGAUAACACGGCCAAUCCGGAAGCCGUGGAAGUUCCGCCGCCACCGCUGCCAACAGUAUCGUUGGCCGAGGAGGUCCUGCUUCUGGUGGCACCACCGCCACCGCCCUCUUUACUGGGUCAACCACUGCCCACGCUAACGGAAACAGAUGAUAUUCCACCCACGCCUACGCCGCCGCCACAUCAAAAGGACGACGAUGAGGUAGAGGAGGAGGACGAACCGGAGGAGCAGGAAGAUCUAGAUCAAGGACAAGCUGUAAGAGCUGUGGCUUCGCCGCCGGGCUCACCCAUAAAUUCAGUCCUGGAACUGGAGCUAAUACCACCUCCUCCACUAUCGCCGCUGGAGGAUGUCGGUAUUCGUACAGAUGACGUUGGUGAGGGCGAGUACCCCGAAGAUGCUGAGGACUUAGGGGCCAUUCCGCCACCACAGGAAAUGCUGGAUAUUGAAAGCAAUCCAGAAGACGAUGAGCAGGAAGCAUCUCAGGAAGAAAACCCUAAGGACGAAGAUGAAGAGGAGGACGAAGACAAGUCCACACCACCGCCACCUCUACCACCGCUCCCCUCUAAUCUCUCCUAUGUUCAGGGUCAUAGUCUAGGCCAGGUAACCCCGCCCCUGACCAAGUCGCCAUCCAACUCGCCCUCACCGCCCGUGACACCACCACCCUGCCCGGAACUUAACAUCAGCCGGAUGGUAUCGCCGCCUGCCCAGCACAUCAGCCAGAUACCCCCACUUACGCCCUCUGAUGAAAGCGAGGGUGAAGCGGAGUCUCAGCCGAACUCGCCGCCACCAAGAUUAGGGAUGGAGCAGCCACCACAGGAAAUGGCUCAAGAAGAGCCCAAGGAUCAGCAACCAGAACCCGAACCGGAACCGGAACCUGAACCUGAGCCCGAGCCCGAGGUCUUGAGCGGAGCUCGGGAGGAUUACAGUCGCUCAUUGGACAAUGAAGAUGAGUCAACCACCAUAACCACACCGCCAAGCAAUGGGUAUUCCGCCUCCUCUAUCAUAGCACCUCCUCCCGAGCACUUUGCCGAACUGGAGGAGGACAGAGGCUUUAUACCACCACCGCCCUUAGAGCCAGAGCUUGAGGAAGAGGAAGAAGAGGAACUGACAAAGGAAACGGAUGAGAUAUCCGUGGACAGGGAAUCGCUGCAGGAUCAGGCUGGCGACAGUAUCAGUUCACCGCGAGCGGCCAGCAUCUUGACGGGAUCCAUUUCCACAUCCAUUGGUGCCGGGGCAGGAGGAUCACCGAAGCUCGAGAGUCGUGGCCCGAGUCGCAGUGGCAGCCAGCGCUCGCAGCUAAGAUCUGGAUCACAGCAGGAAUCCGUGCCAGGAUCCCGGGCUGGCUCUCGCAUAGCAUCUCGCACAGGAUCCGUGGCCUCCGCUCAAGCUUCUGGCGUUCUAUCCCCACAGGCCUCUAUCAAAUCCCAGACCUCCAUUCGCUCGCAAGGACAUACAUCCGUAAGAAGUCCAGCGGGGUCCAUUAAGUUCGGAUCGCAGCGCGUGCAGAGUCCUCCGGCUGGAGAGGGAGCUCCGGCGAUGCCCUCGCCACCACUGAUGAGGAGUCCACCACCGGAACUGGCCCGCCAGAUGCACAGUCCGCCGAGGAUCACGACACCGCCGAGGGUCUGCAGUCCGCCGCUGGUCAGCAGUCCACCAAAACUGGCCGAAUCCGCUGCCGCUGCCGUGGGCGUCGCUGCCGUUGUCAAGGAACAUAUCGGUUCAAGCACUGGCACCGCCGAACCACCAGAGCCACCGAAGCCGGAACCAGAGCCGGAGUCAGAGCCCGUGAAGUCACCAAUAGCCACUGUUAGCUACCAGGAUGAGCAGAAGGCACCUGCCGUGGUCACCAGCCAGCCAAGGUCGCACUUCACGAGCAGCCACCAUCACUACCACUUGCCGCACCAGUUCCAGCAUCCGCACCACCAGAACCAUCACACCCACAGUGUCCGAGUACCCACGCCCACUGUGCCCAGCAGCUAUGCCCCGCCCCCCGACAGUGGCAGCAGCAGUUCGCCCGUGGACCGUCGGCGGCUAUUUAUGGCAGCAGCUCCACCGAUUGCAGCCGGUGGCUCUCUUAUAGCCACUCCCGCUGAGCCAGCGGUGGCCAUAUCUCCGGGAAGGGUCUCAGCCCGCUCGGGCUCGCAACAUCAUGUGACCAUCGACGAGUCCAGUUUGCCCAGUCACAAGGGCAACAUCCAGGAGACACCAGGGCCCAGUGGCCUGAUCAUUGGCGGCGGAGAUGGCGACGGUGAUCGGGAUAUUGGUGGCGGCGGACCGGACAGCUCAGAUCCACCUUCCUCGCCAGGGGGCAGCAGCUCCCAGCCGGCUCUCAGCGGUAGCCAGGCGGAUGGGCAGCUGGCCCUGAUGUACCACUCGCACCAGCUGACCAACUAUCCGGUGCUGCCAGCCAUCAAGCGUACUCAUCGGCCAUCCUUCGUUUACCCGCCGAUGCCAAGGGUUAAGGCCGGCGAUGCCCUGGCCACUCUUUUCUCCGCACUGUAUGGCAAAUUAUUGGUCGUAAUGGGCAUAGCAUUUCCCAUGGCAGAGGUUAUAUCAACCUAUAUACCACCCUCUUUCUAUGAGGUGUACUAUUUGUACUUGUACAUUGGCAGCAUGAUAUUCCUGCUCUUUAUGUACGCCACUUUGAUAUGGGGACGUCCCAAGUUGCCAGUUCCAAUUGCCACUUCUCCGAACAAGUCAACGACGAAGGCCAGUGGGACGGAUAGCAUGGAUGAAUCCGAUACGGACAGCAACUCUGUACACCACCGACUUCCGCCGGCGAUUCCCGUGAGGCGUCCAUCGCUUCUCUCGCCACUCGGAAGGCGGGAUGCCCACUAUGGUAGCUUCUAUCUGCGCAUGGGCGCCGUCGCCUUUGGAAUUGGCAGUAUGAUCUAUUCGGGCUUGGAGUUUGGACAGUAUUUCGAACUUAAUCCGGACACCAAGUGCCACAACGUACUGCUAGCCUUGACCCCGGCCACCCGGAUGGCCUUCAUCUUCAUUCAGAUGUACUUCAUCUUCCUGAACAACGAGCAGAUCAAGGUCUACCGCUACAAGAUCAUCGCUCGCUUCGGUUUAAUGCACAUGAUUGGAACGAAUCUGGCCGUUUGGCUGAAUGUCCUCAUUCAGGAGACAAAGCACGAGAUAUUAACAUUCUAUAAUCCGGAGAAUCGCACGCUGAGAAUUUCGCACAGAAUACCGGGUCACUCCAGGGGUCAUGCCAUCAUCCAGCACGAUCCGACGGCCCAUUUGCGGGUAGCAAGGGGCCUAAAGGGACCCUAUCAGAUCUUCGAGUGCCGGCGAACGAAUAUCAUUGGAACUCUGGUGCAGGAUGCCUCACCCUUCUUGUUCCCCUGCACCAUUGAGUAUUCGCUGAUCUGUGCAGCCAUUUUAUACGUUAUGUGGAGAAGCAUCUCCAGGCCGCAAACACCGACGCCCCAGCGUCCGGACAUGAUUAGUUCGCCGAUGAAGCGAUCUCCGCACCACUAUUCCGUGGACUGCGCCAGGGCCCACAAGGGCUUGUUCGUUGGCAUACUCAUCCUGGUGCUGACCAUCAUAUCGCUGAUCAUUUUCUUUGUGCUAAUCUCACGGCCCGAGUUCGUGGCCCUGGCCGUUACGGAGGUGACCAUCUGUGAGCUGCUUAUCUAUGGAACGGCCACGAUAGCCACUCUGGUCGGGAUGAUACAGAUCCGUCAUUUGCAAUACGAUGCCUACAGGAGUUUCUCCUUGGACGACAUCCUCUUGGUUGGCGCUCAAACUGGCUCGUUUCUUUACAACAUCUUUACGGUCAUUGCCGGGCACUUCACUCUGCGGAGCGAUGACAUGUUGGUGCCCAUCAAUGCUCUGGCCUCUAUUGUGCAGACCGCCUGCCAGACGAUGUUUAUUCUGGAUGCCAGUCGCCGGCAGGCCGUCAGUCCAGAGCAUCUGCGCAAGAAGCCCGGCCGUGAGAUUGUUACCUUUAUGCUGGUCGUGAAUCUGGCCAUGUGGGCCAUCAGUACGCUGGAGAAAUCGCGUGCGGAAUCACAUCCUAUACAGCUGAACUUCUAUGGCUUGUGGGCCUGGACCAUAAUCACGCAUGUGUCGAUGCCUUUGGCCAUAUUCUAUCGGUUCCAUUCGACAGUGUGCCUGUGCGAGAUCUGGAAGAGGGCAUACAAGCUGAAGCCGACGUACAUGUGAGAAUUCGCCCGCUCGCGCAUCCAGAGCAUUGCGCAGCAGCAGCAAUUCUGCGAGGAUCUCAAGACGAACCUGUCCUACUGCUACUGCUCCACUACGCUGGCUGGCGGCGAGCUGGAAACCGUCGAGGAGGUGGAGAGCGGAGAGAGCAAUUCAGCGGAGGAUGGAGGUGGACCAGCGCCAGCUGGUGGAUCAGCUGGAUCAGAGGGAGAAGAUGGAGGAGCAGCAGCAGCAGCAGUAGCAGCAGCAGAAGGGCAACCAGGCGGCGACAGCAGCUGUGGACUGAGGGCACCCAUUCGGGCUCUGUCGCCGCAAUCCCUAAAUACGGAAAAGGCCUUCUGUCCGGUUUAUGUAAUCAACGGCGAAUGAGUUUACGCGCACUUUGAGUUCAUCGACGCAAUCAGCGGCCAUGAGCUCAGCUUUGUCUAGGACUUGCAUCCGCUGGGCACCACCAUACCAAUCCACCCACCAACAAACCAAAAACCACAUACUUAGGAAACCAUCUUCGACAAACCACCAAAAACUAAAACUAAAACAUACUACCAAGCGGAUGCAAGCGUUGAAAGCCCAAAAAACAUAUCCUAGAAAAGAACAAUUUGAAAGUAAAUUUGAACGAAAAUUGUAUGAAAUGAAAAAGGUUAAGCCAAAGCUAUGAUAAAUCAAGGGUUUAGCCCCGUAAGACCCAAAGCAAAGAUAAAUCAAUGAGGAAACUCCAAGCAAUGUCAUUAGUGCGUAUACGCAAUAAAUUCCCAAGCAAUUGUCCCUAGUGCGUAUACGCAAUAUAUUAAAAGGUUUACCCUCGUAGCGUUCACUUUCAACCAGAAAAUGAUCUUUCUAAAAGGAGUUUUUAGAUGAUGAUGAGAAGUUAACAGAAUAUCCUUUGAUCUUGAAUGAAAAUUUCAUGUUUUUAGUUUUAACUUUUUAACCUUUUAUGUUAAAUUCCAACUGGUUAAAAGUGAGCGAGAUGAGGAGUAUUGUUGGAAAAAGAAAAACACGUAACCACGUAGAUGAAUUCAUGUUUAGCCCUCACACCUACGAUAUCAAGUUUGAUAAAUGUUGGAAGAAAAAGAUAGCAAUCAGACAGCUGGACAACAUUUUAUAUAUUUAUAUAUAGUAACUGACUGAGGAUCAGCAAAACGGGUUGUGAAUCAACCGCACUACGACGCAUGUAUGCCGCUAAUCAAAACGAUCGACAGAAUAGAGAGAGGAGAUAUACCGAAUAUGUUUAAUCUUUAAAGGCGAGUUCUAUAAAUGAUAUUUACAAGGAUAAUUAAUCGGCGUUCAAAAAUGCAAAAUGCUAGACAUAUUCCAGAGAUUUGAGAUUGGAGAAAGGAGAAAUAAGCGAGAAAGGAUAAGAGAAGUCAUUAACCCCACCAGAAAUCGAGGAACCGCAAAAGUUAUUAGACAACACUGUACUACAUAGUUGACGGUUUACACAGCCUAGCACCUAAGGAUAUAUACUCACAUGCAUAUGUAGACGUUCCCUCCCCCUUUUAGCCCUACCCAUGGAUUGUUUGAGACUCCCCCCCUCUUGUUGAGAGCCCUGAUUUUAGCGUAGCAUUUAAACAGAAUUUGUUAACUUUAAUUCGAGAUGAGAAGACGUUGGGGAGAAGAUCUUGUUAGGAACCUUGUUUUUUGCCAGAAUAGGUUUUUAUGUGAUACGUUUGUGCUUGUUCCAGUUCCAGUUCUAGUAAUCACUCCCCCCCCCCCAUUUCAGUAUUAUGAAAGCUCAAAAAAGAAAGAAAAACGAAAAAACUGUAGAAGGACAAAUCAAGAGAUGGCGAAAUUGAUUCCAAUAACAUCACUUACUAUAAGACGCACAAAUCUAUUUAAGAAGGUAGCGAUAUGUCUGUGUUUUUUUUUUUGUCUACCAUAAUGGUAUAAGGUAUCUAGGAUAUACACUCCACUUACACAUACGAUGCGAUAUAAAUAUAUAUACAUAUAUAUAUGCGAUAUAUUUUCAAUGCCAAAGAGUUCAUUACGUAGCCUAUGUUGUAAUUGCUUUCACGUUGAGUUCCGGUUUUUUGAAUCUACUGACUCAUCCAAUGUAUAUUCAAAGUUAUAUUUAUGAAUGAAUGCCAAAAGUAAAACCGAAAUCAAAACCAAAAAACCAAGAAAAUCUUAAGGAAAUACGAAAUCUAUAUAUAUACAUAUAUAUAUAUAUAUUAAAUUAGUUAUUUCAAUUUUUAUACUCGUACUAAAUUUUUAACUAGAAUUAACUGUAACUUUGUAUGCAUUUUUCUUACAUGUAUUUAUUGUACGCCAACUCGGACAUCGCACAUUCAGCGACCAAAAUCAAAAUUUAAAAUUACAUUCUAUUUACAGCAGAUUGUAUUAGACUUUAUUGACACUAAGUAGUUAUGAUGAGCCAUCGAACUCAUUAGAGGAACUCCUAUUCCACGUAGCAUCAAAACGGCAAACGAAACGAAACAGCAAAACGGACAUUUUAUGCAAAAAUUCUAAGAAAACAAAAAUGCCAAAAAAAAAAAAUAUAUAAAAACAAAACUGAAAUAUUCAAGUUAUAGCCGAAAAAGAAAACUUCAUUUGUUCAAAAAGGAAAAUCAAAAUAAAUGUAAUAAUCGUAAUCGUGGGACUCACUUUUAAGCUCCAACUAAGUGGACAACUUUUGAUUAUUCCGCGACUGUUCUUAAGCAUUUCUAAAACUAUUUCUCAAGUUUAGGAUCUUUUAAGUUUCCUUUUUCAAUUUCCAACAUCUUUUGGAUGUUUUUCCCUACCUUCAAGAAAGGUUUCAUUUAGUUUUUUUUCCAAUCUUUAUAAUAUCUUCUCAACUUAAGCAGAAGUUAAACGUUUGUUCAGGUAUUCCCUAGGAGUACUUGGUUUAUUCGUAUAGUAAAAGUUGUAGUUUUCACAAAAUCUUAAACUCUGUCAUCAAAGACAUUCUUAAACUUCUGAUAAUUCAGAUACAUAAACUUUGAUUCCUGGUUCAAGGAACAUUUUCAACAUCUUGGAAACUUCUUCCCAUGGUACUCAACCAAUACAACUUGACUAAGCCUAGGAAAAGCAAUUUGUAUUAAGUGUUACAAGUAUUUAUAUGUAUUUACAAUAAUGGCUAUGAAGAUAAAAGUUAAAACACAAAGUAAAACUAGUCGUGAAUGUUCUGUGUUCCCCGAAAACAUAAUACACCACCAGCCCUGUACACCCAAAAAGAAAAACUAUAUAUUGACUAUAAAAGAGCAGUAAAUAUGCAAUAAAUAUGAAUAAUAAAUUGAAACGUAAUUCGAUUACAAUGGCGUUGUUUCUCUGUAGAUAUAUGUAUCUAUGUGGGUCAUGCGAAGUUUAAUAAUGCUCUACAUAGCAUUAAGAAGUGCGCUUUUUGGAGCCUCAGGGUGGGGUUUUCAAGUGGGU